AGUACUUGCCGCUUCUGAGAAUUUUGUUGGUAUCUGCGCCGUUGAUCAUUCAGUGGUACACAGUAUUGGUGAUUAUUGAACUACUCUCCAGUCUCCUCGCACACUUGCUCCCCAUACCCAGUCAGACCGACGCAAAAUCAUCUAGUUGUGGUUUUAUCGUUCGUGAAGUUUUGGUCUACUAAAAGAUUUUACCGUCUCUUUUUCAAAAAUUCAGCUCUGCGACUGCUAGAAUAGCUAACUUAACAGUAGAUGGAUUCCAGAACGCCUCAGAGUAGGCCGAACAAGAGGCCUAUUGAUAAAGAUUCCAGCCAGGGCAGAUCAAUAAAGAGGUUCUUUCCUGCAGAAGGUGAUCAAUUAAGUGCAGAAAAGGUUUUCAAAUUUCGGGUUCUUUUGCCUAAUGGCACCAGUGUGGACCUGAACCUCCGCCGACCUGGUGCUGAAAUGACUCUGGAGGAGUUUGUUCAUACGGUGAAGCGCGAGUACUUGAGUGUUGUGAGACAGACAGAGGCUUCUAAGCCAAGAAGCAGUAUAAACUGGUCGAGUCAACAUUUUCAUUUAUUUGAUGCUAAUGCCAACCCGAUUAGCAAGAAACUGGUUUUGAACAACUUUAGGUGUAAUAGUAAAAAUCCCAACAUUUUGCUUCUUCAAGAUGGUUCGGCAGAAAUAGGAAAAUACGAGAACAUGUGGGAUCUAACACCAGAUACAGAUCUACUGAGGGAACUGCCUGAGCAUUACACCUUCGAAACUGCCCUUGCAGACUUGAUAGAUAAUUCCUUGCAGGCAGUGUGGUCUAACGCUCAAUCAUAUCUUGAGCACGUGUCCCAGUACACAUGUAAGAGGCGUAUAGAAUCUAUUGAUGCUGCUGUUGUUACAAUAGAAUUUGAUACAGGCCCUGGGAUGGACGGAAGUGAUGAAAAUUCCAUAGCAAAGUGGGGAAAGAUUGGGGCAUCUUUGCAUAGAUUAGCGAGAGAACAGGGCAUAGAAAGCAAACCUCCAUAUCUAGCGCCUCUCUUCGGUAUGUAUGGUUAUGGAGGACCAUUUGCAACUAUGCACUUGGGAAGGCGUGCUUUAAUUUCCUCCAAGACAAAGCAAUCGAAGAAAGUUUAUAUGUUACAUCUAGAAAGAGAAUCUUUGCUCAGCUCUAGCUCAGGACAGACUUGGAGGACAAAUGGUGGUCUUAGAGACGCUGACAAAGAUGAAUUAGAGAAAGCUUCCCAUGGAAGUUUCACAAAGGUUGAGAUCUUCAAUACUGAACAGAGAAGUAUGAAGAUGAAACAACUUAUGUGCCGACUGAAGGACAUCUAUUUCCCGUACAUUCAGUGUGAUGAAUUAUCCAGGACAGGCAAAACCCAAAUGCCUAUUGAGUUUCAGGUUAAUGGCAUUGGUUGCGAAAUAUUAGGUGGCGAGGUAGCUGUGACGAAUGUAAACUCUUGUAAUGGGCCUAAUUUUACUUUGCAAUUGCAUUUGACCAAGGAUGCUAGUCAAGCUACAUCAUCUUCAAACCCAGGAUACACUGCACCUCGGGAAGCAAAUGCACGCCUUAAAUGUGUCUAUUUUCCUAUCACUCAGGGUAAAGAGAGCAUAGACAAAAUAUUGGAGGAACUGAAACGGGAUGGUUGUGGUAAUACAGAAGACUUCAAGACUUUCAGUCGGGUUUCUGUUCGACGACUGGGUCGACUGCUUCCAGAUGCACGUUGGGUAUUGCUUCCAUUUAUGGAGCCUAAGCAUAAAAAGGGAGAGCACGGACAGAUCUUGAAGAGAUGCUGCUAUCGUGUGAAAUGCUUUAUAGAUACUGAUGCUGGUUUCAAGCCAACACCUUCCAAGACGGAUUUAGCUCAUCAAAAUCCGUAUACCAUUGCGUUAAAAAGUUUUGGGAAAAAGCACCUUGAGAAAGAGAAAGAUGUACAUAUUGAAAUUAAUAAAGAUGGAAAAGAGCUGAAUCUUGCAAAACUGGAGAAGCUAUAUGAAGACUGGAUUAUUAGUAUGCAUAAGAAAUACGAUGAGGAAAUCGUUAGCGGCAAUGAUGAACCAACUUUUGUGGUUAAUCCUUCCGAUAAGCAAGAACUUGGCAUCUCUUCUAAGGUUAUAAGGGUUCACAAAGUUUUUCGGAGGAAAGGAGCAAUUUGGAAAUCUGGACAGAAGAUAAAAAUUCUCAAGGGAGCAUAUGUUGGUCACCAUAAAACCAAUUCCUAUGCUACAUUAGAGUUUGUUAUCCUUGAAGGAUGGGAGGGGGAUGCAGGAGGUGAAGCUCGACUUAUUUGCAGGCCAAUCAGUAUUCCAGAUGAAAGUGGUUGCAGACUUGUUUUUGAUAAUGAAAAUUCAAGCAUAAAAAUUGGCGGCUCUAUCUCUUUGCCAGUUAAUGUGAUUGAUUCUGGAAAGUGUGUAACCAUUGAUGAUGCUGAGUGGGAAAACCAACUUCAGAAGCAUAGUCUGAAAGUGCCAUCCUCUAUCAGUCUAUUGAGUGCUAAAGAUUGUCAAGAAUUGGGAAUCGGAGGGGCACUUCCUGAUAAUGUAGUUUGUGCUGGUUGUGAUCCUCCAGAGGAAAUAGUUGCAGUUGUUCGUCCUGCCUCUUUUAGUUGUGCUGUCAAAUCCAAGAAUCUGGACCGAAAGUACAUAGUUCAAGAUGAACUUGAAAUGACAAUGGAUAUAAAAUUCAGAGCUGUACAUGUGGAUAAUGCACAGAAAGUACUGAUCCUGCAUUUUCUUGUUACUAAAACUCAGAAAGGGCGGAGAGGUUUAACUUUUGAGAAGAAAGUUAAAGAACUCCCUGAAUUGGAGUCCGAGGGACAUGAUCCCCAUCAAUCUGCAGAGAGAAGGAAAUUGCUCCCUCCAGACUUCGCUUCAUCUUCAGUCAUGGGAAACAAAGUCAAAUGUGAAAUGAAGGAUCAUGAGGAGCUUUGGGAUGAGCUUUGCCAGUAUGGUUUAUGCAUCAAACAACGGGAAAUGAGUAUAGAAUCACUCAAUCUUCAGCUGUCAGAUAUUGAGCAGACAUGUCCAACUUGCAAGGGAACUAUAGUGAAAUUGAGGAGUGAAUAUAUAUUGAAAGCGAACAGAAAACAGAGUUUAUAUGAUGAAGGCUCUCCGUAUCUUGACCUCCAUGAUUUGGAGCGCACAGCUGGGAAAAAGUUAGUUGCAGAACAGAUUGUUUGCAGGGGUGAUUCUGCAGCUGCUGUUAUCUGCAGAUUAUUCCAAUCGGUGACUUAUAAAGAGAAGGGAAUUGAUUUUGCAGACAAAGUUCUAGGUGUUGCACUUCUAGGAAUGGUUCAAACCCAUGAUCUUAGCAGGAUAUUUGCACAGUAUCUUGGUGAACAUCAAAUGCUUGCUAUAGUCUGCAAAUCCUAUGCAGAUGCAGCAUAUCUUGAGAAGCAUGACCCUGAUGGACGAGUGAAUAAUGCCUACGGUCUUCAUGAGCUUGCGACGAAACUUGGGAUAUCUAUAAACAGACAAUACCAUGUCUUAUGCGUUGAAAACAUAAGGUGCCAUAUGCGGGGGAUUUUUAGUGGUCCUCAAAGAUACCUUUCGUUGCCAGAACCUACCUUACCAAGGAAAGCUCCACCAGGGUUUUUGGGUUAUGCCAUUAAUAUGAUAGAACUUGACGUGAACUUCUGGUUUUGGAGGACUGCUUCAGGUCAUGGUCUCCGGGAGACAUUAUUUUAUCGCCUGUUUGGUGAACUGCAGGUCUAUGAAAACAGGCAGUGCAUGAACAUGGCAAGCUGUUGUAUAAAAGAUGGUGCAGUGUCACUAGAUGGUGGAAUACUCCGAGGAAAUGGAGUUAUAUCCCUUGGACACUGGGAACCGGAUGUUAAGUUUCCAGUACUUCCACUAGAUAGCCAGAGGUACUUUUCUCACAAGAAAGUGGAAGUUCUAAAGGAGAUUGAAGCUAAGAAGCAAGAGCUAAGAGAGACAAAUUAUCAGCUCAAAGCAGAACAGAGAACACUCGGAGAAGUAAAGAAGAAGUUCAAAGAAACGAAAGAAAGAUACCAAAGUUUGUUGGAUGAAAAGGAAAAAUCAUUGAGCGGCCUUACCAUGCAAAUUCUAAACCAAUGACUCGGACAGCUUUUCUACUUUAACAAUCUCUUCAUUGCGCAGGUCGCCAUCUUCAAGACUAGCAGCGUGGAGGUUUUAUGGCUAGAAGUUCCCAUAGCCAUUUUCCUGAACUGUUAACAUUUUAUUUGCUGUUGAUGCAUUGCUUCAUUGACCUUGUAUCUAAUUUCCAGUGCUUUGCAUAAUGUAUAUAAUAUAUCCUGUUCAAGAUUGCUCUUGUUAGU